UAGUGUGUGUAGUAAGUGCAGUACACUCCACUGUGAUGGUCAGUGCCAGACCCUUAACAGACCUCAAUGAGAGUCCUGCACGAGUAGAAACGAACCCUCUGAGUUAUCCAAGUGUCUAGAGCUCAAUAAAUUGACGGAGUACACGAAAAUAAGAUUUACUGAAGAACCUUUUCGGAUUUUGUGGUACUAUGCCAGUAUCCAAAUGCCAUUUGGACAUUCAGCAACCUGGAUCCGAAUGACACCAGUAGCCAGCCUCCAUGCUUACCAAACACUAUGCCUACAUGCUUCACAGAAAUGGAUCUUUCUGUACGUGCCGUGGACCCCGUGAGAAGGGAUCUCUGAGUUUCUAGUGCCAUCAUCAUCAUCCCCCAGCUCUUCCUCUCAUCCUCUGCAUCUCUUCAACCCUAAUUGUAAUUGCUCCACCUGUACGUUAGUGUUCACUGGGUUUUCAGGAGCAUAAGCUGUCAUCACUGAUCUCAUUACGGCGACGCUGUUUGACGAUGGCACAGCUUUUGUAUGUCACUGUGAUUUUGGCCGGAGUCUGCCUGCAUCUGAGGCUUUGCGCUGGAGCAGGUCAGAAUCCUGACCACGUGCUACAGGGCACUGGAGUGAAGCCUGGCUCAGACGCCAGAAGGCCCGGGGACGACUCUACUGUGGCACCAGAAGAUGCUGCCCGCUUCCUCAGCUGCCACUGCUCAGGGCACUGCCCUGAUGACGCCAAGAACAACACCUGCGAGACAAAUGGGCAGUGCUUCGCCAUAAUUGAAGAAGAUGAAAAUGGCGAUGUGAUCUUAAGCUCAGGCUGUAUGAAAUAUGAGGGCUCUCACUUUCAGUGCAAGGAUUCACAGUUUGCACAGACACGUCGAACCAUCGAAUGCUGCCAGUUUGACUUUUGUAAUCGAGACCUAAAGCCAGAGUUACCACCUCGAGACACCGAACCACCAGACCCUCAUUGGCUGGCCUUCCUCAUUUCAGUGACUGUGUGCUUCUGCACCCUCAUCUGUGUCACUGUCAUCUGUUAUUACAGGUAUAAGUGGCAGACAGUGAGGCAGCGCUACCACAGAGACCUGGAGCAGGACAAGGCCUUUAUCCCAGCCGGAGAAUCUCUGAAAGAUCUCAUCAACCAGUCUCAAACCUCAGGCAGUGGCUCUGGGCUCCCCCUGCUGGUGCAGCGCACCAUUGCGAAGCAGAUCCAGACAGUGCGUCUUAUUGGAAAAGGCAGGUAUGGAGAGGUGUGGCUCGGCCGGUGGAGGGGGGAGAAGGUAGCAGUGAAAGUGUUCUUCACUCGAGAGGAGGCCAGCUGGUUCAGAGAGACGGAGAUCUACCAAACCGUGCUCAUGAGGCACGAGAACAUACUAGGCUUCAUUGCUGCAGACAUAAAUGGCACUGGAGCCUCUACGCAGCUGUACCUGAUCGCAGACUACCAUGAGAACGGCUCUCUGUAUGACUAUUUGAAGUUCACCACUCUGGACACACAGACCCUUCUCACACUGGCCUACUCUGCAGCCUGUGGCUUGUGUCACCUGCACACGGAGAUCUACGGCACGCAGGGAAAACCAGCCAUUGCUCACAGAGACCUGAAGAGCAAGAAUAUCCUCAUAAAGAAGAAUGGCACCUGUUGCAUCGCUGACCUCGGGCUUGCUGUGAAAUUCAACAGUGACACAAAUGAAGUGGACAUCCCACUGAGCACACGUAUGGGCACCCGGCGCUAUAUGGCUCCAGAGGUCCUGGAUGAGACUCUGAAUAAGAACCACUUUCAGGCCUACAUCAUGGCGGACAUCUAUAGCUAUGGGCUGGUUAUAUGGGAAAUGGCCAGACGCUGUGUCACUGGAGGUAUCGUUGAGGACUAUCAGGUACCAUAUUAUGAGAUGGUGCCAUCAGAUCCGUCUUAUGAGGAUAUGCUGGAGGUUGUGUGUGUCAAAGGACUGCGGCCCACUCUAUCCAACAGAUGGAACAGUGAUGAGUGUUUGAGGGCCAUGUUAAAGCUGAUGUCAGAAUGCUGGGCCCACAAUCCUGCAUCACGCCUGACUAUCCUACGAGUCAAGAAGACUUUAGCAAAAAUGGUGGAAUCUCAAGACAUUAAAAUCUGAUCAGCGGAGUGGCUUUUAUUUCAUCUUUGACAUCAUUGUCCCCUUCACAGAGGAGGAGGAGAGUCGUGAUAACUAUGAAAUAUAGCAAGCUUUCUCUUUCUCUGCUGGAUCAGACAGUGGUGCCUUUUGCUGCUUUCUGUGAAAGCUGUAUCAUUGCAAACUUGGAUUAGAGGAUUACUGCAACAGACUGAAACAGUAGAGUGGGAAAGAUUGACGUAAACCCCACUGCCUUAAAAUACACAAGUUAUUCUGCAAAUGUUUCUUUAGAUUCUGGGAUCAACUUCCUGCCAUAUGGUUGAAAUGCUGUUGACUUCUCAUGGAUUCUGUGUAAAGCGUACUGUGAUUUAAUGUAUGAUGUGUAAUAUAUUAUAGUAAUAGAUGAACUGACAACAGAGCAAAAUAAUAUGCCAUCAAUAUAACCUCGUUCAGUUAAGAGCUCUUGUAGACUAUCUGCCCACCUGAUGUGUGGCAUUUAAAAAUCAUAAUUUAACUCUACAGUAGUUCUUCUCUCGUCCCCCACAGAAGGUUAGAGGUAAAGAGAUGCAUGCUGCUUUUUCAGUAGAUGCAGUUUGAUUUUUCACACGUGUCAAAAUGAUUGUUGCCUAAACCAUAUAUUGUUUGCGCUUUUAAAGCAUGUUAUUUUUAACAUCCUCAAAAUAGAAAACAUUCCCAGUGCAGCCUUUGAACGUGUAUUUUCAUAAAGUGAACCAGCUGUCGAUACAUCUCAUUUUAAUUAGGAAAGAAAACUCUUCAUACUGACAGGCCUUUACAGUCGAGUGGAUCUAUGAUUUGUCUUUAACUGCAGUCCGUGUGAACACCCCUUCAAAGAUGCCAAACUCUGGGAUGCUGGGUCGUUUUUUAGAACAGAUUACUAUGAAUGUGACUUUGGAGGAUUUGGUGAUAUUCUGAUCAUAUGUCCUUGCCAAUAUUAUGAAUCAUGUGUUUGAACUGUGUUUGUGAGGUAGCUGAAGGUGAAGGGUACGACUGCAAGUAACAUCUGUUAGUCAUCAGUGCUUAAGAUUUCAGUAAGGGCUGCCAAAAUACGGUCUUGGUAACCGGUACGAUCCAAAACACACAUUAUUGUUGCAUAACUUGUUUACAGAACUCCCAUGCACAUUUAAUUCUGUUAUUCUUUAGAAAGUGCAUUGUUGUAUUCUAGAAUACUUGUUUAUUAUUCUCAGUGCCAUUGAAAAGACCAAUGUAAUUUGUAAAGAAGAAAGAAAACGAUUCACAAUAGUUCUUUACACCAGUAUCUGGACCCUUAAAGACAGGAACAGUGAAUAUACAAUGCUUUGAUAAUAUCAGUGCCAGACUAAGGUGCUUUGUCACAAUACUUCCAGAACAGUAUGCCCUGAAAUGCCAAAAGGGCAUCUUGAUUAAAACAAUAUGCCAAGGUUACACACAUGCUUACGAAAGUAUUUAAAAUAUUCGCAAAAUAAAUAAUCGCUAUAUUAAAGGAAGCAUUAUCUCACCUCAGAGUGGGUAACGCCUGCAAAAUGCUAAAGAAACACUAGAUUUGGUGUAUAUGAAAAUAUAUUUGUAUACAUUUGUUGCUCUUACUAUACAAGAAAUCUGAAAAUUGAAUCUGUGAAAUUGAUCAUCUAUAUCAAAUGUUUUCUGUGGCUAAAAGGGAUUUUCAAUCGGACCAUUAAAUUAGCUUUUGAAUGCAGUAAAGAAAGGGGAAUCAUCUUGUGGCUAUUCCAAUGUUUCUGA